UUUUCCAACUUGUUCAUCUACCGAUCCGAGAAUCAAAGAUGGCAAGCGAAAAUGAAAACCAAAUACACGCAAUGUUCUUUCCUUACAUGGCACCCGGUCACAUGAUGCCAAUGGUGGACAUGGCCAGGAUAUUUGCCGCUACUGGUGCCAAGGUCACCAUCAUCAUCACCCCCAUGAAUGCUCUUCGCAUAAAGAAUGCCAUCCAUCGAGAUGUUAAAUCCGGUCGACUCAUUACACUUGAAAUCAUAUCUUUACCUUCAGCUGAAGUCGGAUUACCCGAGGGAUGCGAGAAUUUGGUUUUGGCCUCGACACCGGAAAUGACCAUGAAGCUCUUUGAUGCCAUUGAUUUGCUUCAACCAAAAAUCAGAAGGCUUCUCAGCGAUUACCACCCUGACUGCUUAGUCUCCGAUUCUCUUUUAACAUGGACUUUGGAUAUUGCCAAUGAGUUUGGCAUUCCACGCCUUGCCUUCAACGGUAGUGGCUUCUUCAACCUCUGUCUCUCGGAGACUCUCUCACACUAUCAACCUCAUAAGAGAAUUACAUCAGAGACGGAAACGUUCGUCGUUCCAGGUCUUCCUGAUGAAGUGAAACUCACGAGAUCACAGUUGCCGGACAUUGUUAAAAACAGAAAUCAUUUCUCUGAGUUGUUUGAUAAGUUAAAGGAAUCUGAAAGGAAGAGCUUUGGGAUGUUAAUGAACAGCUUUUAUGAAUUAGAGCCUGCCUAUGCAGAUCAUUGUAGGAAUGUUUUGGGAAUCAAAGCAUGGCAUGUUGGUCCAGUUUCUCUGUUCAACAGAGACAUUGAUGAUAAAGUUGAAAGAGGUGAAAAAACUUCGGUUUCAAAACACGAUUGCCUUCAUUGGCUUAAUGGUAAGAAACCCAGAUCUGUUAUUUACAUAUGCUUUGGAAGUUUAACAAGGUUCAACAAGAAUCAAACAGUGGAGAUUGCUAAUGCACUCCAAGCAUCAGACCAUUCAUUCAUUUGGGUUGUUGGGAAAGCCAUCAAAACAAGCAAUGAUGAAGAGCAAGAGCUAUGGCUACCGCAAGAAUUCGAAGAGAAAGUAAAGGAAAACGGUAGAGGUUUAGUUAUUAGAGGGUGGGCACCUCAAACGUUGAUUCUUGAACAUGAAGCCAUUGGAGGCUUCUUAACGCACUGUGGGUGGAACUCUAUACUAGAAGGGGUUGUUGCCGGUGUACCCUUCGUCACAUGGCCGAUUUUCGCUGAACAAUUCUACAAUGAAAAGCUGGUGACUCAAGUGCUGAAGGUAGGAGUGUCAGUUGGGAAUGAGAUAUGGAAAGUAUGGGCAACGCAGGAUUCACCAAACAUAAAAACCAGCAAUGAUAUUCUCAUGGCGAUUAAUACAGUAAUGGGGAAUACAGAUGAGUCGAUGGAUAUGAGAAAAAGAGCCAAAAAGCUUGGGGAACAAGCAAAGAAAUCCAUUGAACAAGGCAAUUCAUCUUACAAUGACAUAGACCGUUUGGUUAAGGAUAUCAAGAUGCACAAAAAUAGCAAGCAAUGACGUUAUCCACAAUCCUCAACUGACAAAGUUUAAAGAACUACUGCUUUAUUGUUCUUAUGAUAAAGAUGGUUUCUUUUUUUAAAGCUACGAAAAAGAUGAUUUGAGUAAACGAAAAAGAUUGUAUUGUACAUA